CUCAAAUUGCGCUUCUGCAAGCCACCAAAGUGAAUCAGAGGUGGCUUUCUAUUGACCGCGUCCCUUGCCACCUUUGUGGCUUGAAGUAGCAGAGAGACAACUCGCCUAACCAAUCGCAAACCCGGUCGGCCGUCCCCUUGCAGGAAUAGACUGCUUCGUCCCCAGAACUCACAUAUGCUAGCAGACCGUGAUUGCGUUGGCCAGCGCCGUUCCCCAACCUUGAAGCAUCUUCGAUCUUUACUGUCAUCAGGCUUCGUGCUGUUGGUGUUGAUGUCUGUCCGUGACGCCUCGUGUGCCUCACAACCUCCAGCACAUCUUCAACCUCGGACUAUACACAGAGUUCGCUAUUCUACCUGCUUAUCCCCAGGCUCCCUCAUCUUCUCCUCUCCUGCUCUCCUAGUACGAAUAAGUAAUGGCGAUGGCCAAAGACUGGGAAUUUUUCCGAGACGUAAUUCGGCAACUUUACCAUGUCGAGGGUAAGACCCUUAUCGAGGUCAUGCGGCUCAUGAAAGACACUCACGACUUCAUUGCAUCGCAACGAGCUUAUCGUAAUCAAUUGCGGAAAUGGGGAUUCAUGAAGUACAAUACUAAAAGCAACCCCAACUCCAAGCUCGUCCUAAGUCCAAUCCGGAAAGCACGCAAUCCCCUCCCAUCAAGUCCCCCCCAUCACCGAAUCGACCCAAAGCCAGUCUUACUUCCCUACUCCCAAGGCAAUGCUAGACCAACUACAAUGGAAAACAACCACAAGAACAACUUCUUGGCCACGGUAACCAACCGUUCACCCGAACCACCCGGCCCCGAAAUGCUUGAUCUUAGCGAAAAAUCUGAUGGCCCGCCUUCUAUCGACCUCGUCCAGGAUGCACAAGAUGAUGAUGACGAUACGCAGCUUCACCAAGCCGUCAUGACCGGAAGUUUGAAGGCAGUGCGGCAGCUUCUUGCUACUGGAUCAUAUCCCAAUAUGAGAGAUCGCUUGGGGAAUAUGCCCCUUCACUACAGUGUGAUCAUUGGAAAUGCCGACCUUGUUCACGAGUUCAUCCGAUUCGGAGCGGAUGUGAACGCACAAGGUUUGCGAGGGCGUUCACCACUUCACCUGGCCGUUGCGAGUGCUUCCCAAUUCGUCAACCUUCUAAUCAACUUCGGCGCCAUCGUAAAUCGCCAAGAUGAUAACGGUGACAUACCUCUUCAUCUUGCUAUAUCAGCUGCUUUGAUCGACGCGACACCCUUUCAUGGUUCAACCUCAGAGACCCUCAUCCAUGCCGGCAGCAAUCUCAACCACGCUAACAAGGCCGGGGUGACGCCCUUUCUGAAGCUCUUGGAUCAUAACUAUUCAGGAAGAUACGUGCUCUCAGCGAUACACGCUUCAUUGAGCAUGGGCGGCAGCGUAAUCAGAUCCUUACCCGAUGGCAGGACACCAUUACAAAUUUUCUUGUCCAGGUCAGAAACAAGAGGUCUGUAUGGUGAUUCAACGGCCAGUGGCGAUCAACAAGCAUAUGACACGAUAAUCAAGGUUUUUCUCGACAAGGGAGCCUCCGUCACGACACCGACUCGGUCUGGAGAGUCGCUGGUCAUGUAUUACAUGAAGAAUGUCUAUUCGGACACGGAUAUGGACACAGACUCAACGCUGGCCGAAAUGCUUUGCAAGGGCUCUACCCCAGAUGAAGUCGACAGGAACGGAAAUUCAGUUCUGCACCUGUUAGCCACCAAGUGUUUACCACCAAGGGGUAAAGGACCAUCGGUUGAGGAUUUCAUACAGAUGCAACUAGAAAAAGGGGCGAAUCCAAACCUGAGCAAUCAUGAUGGCCAGACUCCGCUAAUUCUACUAUUCGUAAAUCCAAGAAACGACCCAUCGAUCGUUUUCAGGGCAAUGCUUGCGCUGCUGGCGCGGGGAGCCGACCCCUGGCACCGAAACUCAUCGAGGAAAUUUGCCCUUCUCGAGGCGGAAAGACGGUUCGCAAGAGACAGCCACAACGUCUUGCACAAAAUGUUGGAAGCAGACCUGCAAUACAGGGAUGAACAGGUGCGCUAUCGCGGUGCUGAUCGAGAUCGUGUCUGCUGGGAGGGAUGGAACAAGGCCGCACAGUCGAACGAGUGGAGCGAGUCGAAGCAGCACAUUUUUUCUCGAUUCGGUCGACACUCCCCAGAGGUCAGCGACGCUGUGAGAAGAGCGGCAUUCGCAUUGUUGGCAGAAAAGCACAUCGGUCUCGCCAGGGACAAAUUUGGACCAGAUGCUACUGGGACGGACAGCCAUCGUAGACACGUGGCAGGAAUUAUUCACGACUGCCGGACUCGCAAUAUUAUCAUUGACAUGAAAUGUAUUGACUAUCUACUAGAGCUCUGUCUUUGACGACAGAGGUCGAUCGAAAAGCCAUUGGGGUGGGAGCUACUCAGUUAGUCGCGGCGUACCUGGGAAGAUGGUGGAAAGUAGCGAUAACACAACCACCAUUUUAACGGUCAUUACCACUUCAAUUCAGCAUGUCC